AUGGCCGCAGCCGUGACCGCCGCGAUACUGAGGUGGUCAUCCGGCCGCGUCCUGUGCUCUGCCGUGGUCUGCAAACCGGUGACGUGGUCCUGCAUGCUCAGGAUCGACGGGUACUCGCACCUGAGCCAGCUGCUCGCGAACCGCGAGCGCGUCGAGUCGCCCGCCUUCGACGUCGGCCACCUCAGCUGGUGCCUCAGGCUCUUCCGCAACGGCGACACCACGGAAUCCAGGAGCCACAUCGCCGUCUACCUCCGUCUCGAGAGCAACCCAAGCGGCGAACGCGUCUCGGCGAGGGCAAAGUUCAGCGUGCUCGACCGGCACGGGAACCCGGCUGGGUUCGUCCACGACACCGUGUCGCGCAACAACUUCAAGCGAGGGCACAGCUGGGGCUGCAGCAAGUGGAUCGCCAGGGAAGAGCUGGAGAGGUCCGGGGGUAUCUCGUGGACGACUGCUUCUCCGUCCAGUGCGACGCCACCGUCACAAUGGCUAGAAACUGUCGUGAUCACCUAG